AUGUCUCAAGACUCCUGUACUCUCAAUGCUGAUGGCACCCUCAAGGAUGCCUCUGAAAUCAAGUUCUACAAUGAUCCUGAUGAUGAUGUCCCAUUGCCACAGGUCCCAUCGACAGAAUCCACAAGAAAUGCCUUCUCCAUUCUACUCAAUGCUGGACACACCCCAGCAACUGUUGCAGCUGGUUCUUGGCACUCUGGCCGCCCUUUAAAGCCCUCAGCUUGUGUUCAUGAUGCUGACAAUGCCUCCAGGGCAUUCUUCCAAAAGACUUGUGAGGAAGAGGGCAUCCCCAUUCGUGAGAUUUUGGCCUGGGUGAGAACAUGCUGGGCAUCUUUGUUUAAGUGCCUCAAAUGCUUCUUGUCUCUUUGCCUGGCCAUCAACCACUUCACUCUUCUCACUGAUGAGAGUGAUGAAGUCCUGAAGUUGCACGACAAGUCAUAUGGCAACUUCAAGCUUGAUUGA